AUGCAAGCCAAAGCUCAACAGACACGACUCGCCUUUGCCGAAAAACAAACAGAACUACAAAAGGAAAAGAAUUUACUUGAAGCAAAAUUAGAUCUUCUUGAGCAACAAAAGGAAGUAGCUACCUUGGAGGCGGAGAUCCGGGUGCUAGAAGAUAAUGAUUCGUCGCGUGGGCUAGAAUACUUUCCAUCGAGAUAUACAGAACUAAUGGUGUCUUCAAAAGAGAAAUUUACAGCUGACUUUGUGAAUGGACAAACACGUUUCAGUGAUAUUGAAAGUAAAGAAGAAAAGAAAAUUGACAUUCAUGAUAACAUCCUAUCACCACCUAGAUGUGAACCGUUGAAUCCGUAUGCAUCCGAAUUCAGACCAUGUUCAUACUCUGGAGUCGCCACAGACUUAACGCAAUUUCUUCUGAAGAAAGAUCUUCUUCUUUCCCGUUUUAGUUCCUUCAGUGAUCGACCAGAAACAUAUGAAACCUGGAAAGCCACCUUUAAAAACAUCACUAAAGAGCUGAAUGUGACGCCAUUUGAAGAAAUGGAUUUAUUGGUGAAAUGGUUGGGACCCGAAUCACGAAAGUUUGCCAGCAGUAUGAGAGCUUCAAAUAUCAACAACCCAUUCACAGGGUUACGUCGCAUAUGGGAUCGCCUUGAAGAGAGAUAUGGCAGACCCGAAAUGAUAGAAACUGCCUUGAAGCAAAAACUGUAUAGUUUCCCCAAAAUUUCAUCCAAAGAGCCAAAGAAACUGUACGAUCUCUUAGACAUUCUUACAGAAAUUGAGUCUGUCAAAGAAAAUCCGACAUAUGCGAUUCUUCUCUCAUAUUUCGACUCAUCGUCUGGAGUUAUUCCCAUCAUCAAUAAGCUCCCUCAUGGACUGCAAGAGAAAUGGGUUUCCCAAGCUGCCAGAUACAAGAAACAGUUUAAUGUUCCUUUUCCACCUUUUGGAUUCUUAGUCAACUUCAUCCGAGAGCUCAGCACGAUGAAAAAUGAUCCAGCUCUUCAAUAUGAAUGUUCAGAAUCAUCUUCUACAUCGAAAAAACGACAACAAGAAAGUAAAGGAACUACAGGAUCUCUUUCUGUUCAUAGCCCGAUGCACCCCGAUCAAGGGCCCAGCAAUGUGACAGCCAGCGUCAGCACAGUUGCAGAUGGCGGGGAGAGGAAAUUACCAACAAAAUCAACAGUGGAUAGUAAAUGUACUGAACUCUGUGAACAAACACUCAGUGGACGCUCUUGUGCAAAAGUUGUUCCCGUACGAGUGUAUCCUUUAGGAAAUAAAGAUAGCGCUGUCCGGAUGUACGCCAUUAUAGACGAACAGAACAAUAGAACACUAGCCAGAUCAGAAUUCUUCAAUCUUUUCGACACACACAAUGAAACUCAAACGUACACUUUGUUCUCAUGCAGCGGACGUUCUAUCUGUAGUGGAAGAAGAGCAUGUGGUUUUGUUAUCGAAUCUAUUGAUGGCAGCUAUCAGCUAAACCUUCCAACUGUCAUAGAAUGCGAUGAUAUACCGAACAAGAGACAGGAAAUUCCAACACCAGAAGUGGCAAAUGCAUAUCCUCAUUUGUCAGAAAUUGCUAGUGAACUACACCCUCUUGAUAUCGACAUGGAAAUUCUUCUCUUAAUUGGACGUGAUCUUGGAGAUGCGCACCAUAUUAUUGAGCAAAGAAUAGGCCCAUCGCAGUCACCAUACGCGCAGAAACUUGGUCUUGGAUGGGUUGUCAUCGGAGAGGUGUGUCUAGGCAGAACUCACAGACCAGAGAUUGUUAUCGCAAACAAAGUAACAAUUUUACCAAACGGUAGAACUACUGUAUGUGAUCCGUGUACAAGUAACAUCGCUGUUAAGGAAAUACCAUGCAUUCCUGAAACAGAUCUUAUUGGAGACUCUGUAUUUCAUACAACUGAAUACGAUGACCAACCUGGACUAUCCAUAGAUGAUAGAUUGUUUUUGUCUAUGAUGGAUCGAGAACUCUAUCGAAAUGACAGUGGACAAUGGGUUGCACCGUUACCAUUUAAGGAACCAAGACGGAGACUCCCAGAUAACAGGCAACUAGCUGUUAAAAGAGCUCAUAUUUUGGACGUGAAUCUAAAGAGAAACCCAGAAAAAUGUCUUCAUGCCACCACAUUUAUGCAGCAGAUAAUUGAUUCUGGUCAUGCUGAACGUGCACCACCAGUCAAUGAAAGGGAGGAGUUCUGGUACUUACCUAUUUUCAGUGUGUACCAUUCCAAAAAGCCAAAUCAGAUCAGAAUGGUUUUUGACUCGUCCGCUCAGUUUAAUGGUGUUUCAUUGAACAAUGUCUUGCUCUCUGGACCCGAUCCUACAAAUAGCUUACUUGGAGUGUUGAUGCGAUUUAGAGUUGAAAAAAUAGGCAUCAUGGCGGACAUCCAGCAGAUGUUCCAUUGCUUCAAAGUAAAGGAAGACCAUAGGAACUACUUGCGAUUUCUGUGGUAUGAAGAUAACAACCCUCAAAAAGAGUUAGUGGACUAUAGGAUGUGCGUUCAUGUGUUUGGUAACAGCCCCUCACCUGCUGUUGCCACAUAUGGCUUGCGAAGAACAGCACAAAAUGCGGAAACUACAUUUGGACCUGAUGUUCGUAGCUUUGUAGAGCAUAACUUCUACGUGGAUGAUGGCCUUGUCUCCCUACCAUCAGUCAAGCAAGCAGUGAGUUUGAUGAAGAGGACACAACAAGCCUUGAUUCAAGAAGGUGGACUACGAUUACACAAAAUUGUAUCAAACAACAGCGACGUAAUGAACAGUUUCCCUUCAGAAGACCUUGCAAACGAUCUAAUGUCUUUAGAUCUCACAACAGAUGUGCUCCCUAUCCAGCGAAGUUUGGGGAUGAGUUGGGAUUUAAAAUCCGAUUCGUUUACAUUCAGAAUCUCAGCUGAAGAAAAACCAUUUACACGUCGUGGGUUACUUUCAACCUUGAAUAGCUUCUACGAUCCUUUAGGAUUUUUAGCUCCUGUUCUUAUCAAAGGCAAGUUGCUUUUGAGAAAACUGAAUGCUGAAACAACAGAUUGGGACCAGGUUUUACCCAAAGAAUAUGAAAAACAAUGGACGGAUUGGAAAGAACAGAUGCAAAGCCUUGAGACUUUGUAUAUUCCUCGACAAUAUACUACUUUGUCGUUAACCUGUUCCAUCAGACGAGAAGUGCAUCUUUUUACUGAUGCUUCUGAGGAAGCGAUUGCUGCAGUUGCCUAUAUCAAAUUAACGGACGCCGAUGGCAACCAACAACAAGGUUUCUUACUUGGAAAGGCUAAAGUUGCUCCUAAGAGUGCUGUGACAAUACCACGCUUAGAAUUAUGUGCAGCAGUUCUUGGCAUUGAAAUCGCCAAUAUCAUAAAGAAACAAAUGAGUGUCCCAACAGAAGAAUUUCACUUCCAUACAGAUAGCAAAGUGGCACUCGGCUACAUCUGUAACAACACUAGACGGUUUUACACUUACGUAAGCAACAGAGUGGAAAAAAUUCGUAAAGCUUCUGUCCCAGAACAAUGGAAUUAUGUUCCAUCUGAAUAUAACCCAGCUGAUGAAGCAACCAGGUCAUCAUCAAACAGAAUUCUGACAGACACCACAUGGCUCAAAGGACCAACCCGCUGGUUUACCAAACGUUUAGAUCCAGAUGAUACGGAAUAUUCUGAACCAGAGAACCUUGGUCCAAAUUAUAAACUUGUGAAUUCAGAGUUGGAUAAAGAAAUUAGACCAGUGAUAUUAGUCAUCAAAUCAUGCGUAGAUCUGACAACUUUUGAAUCUGGAUUCAAAAAUUACUCAACUUGGAAAGGCUUGGAAGCUGAAAAAGUGAUCACCAGAGAAGUCCAGAAGGAAAGUUUUGCUGAAGAAAUUGAACAAUUGCAAACAGGACAACCAAUCAAAAAAGGGAGUACCAUAUUGAAACUCAAUCCUUUCAUCGAUUCGGAUGGUAUCUUGCGUGUUGGAGGCAGGCUCAACAAGGCUUCCCUUGAUGUUACAGCAAAGAAUCCAAUCAUCAUAUCGGGUAAACAUCACAUUGCAAAAUUGAUUAUACGACACUACCAUGACCUCAUGAAACAUCAAGGACGUCAUUACACAGAGGGGGCGGUACGAGCUGCAGGUUUUUGGAUAAUUGGUGGAAAGCGCCAAGUGACAUCCAUCAUUUUUCACUGUGUGACCUGUAGAAAGCUGAGACGGUGUGUAGAGCAUCAGAUAAUGGCAGAUUUGCCAAAGGACCGUUUAACACCAGGUCCUCCAUUUUCAAGCGUUGGUGUUGACACAUUUGGACCAUGGCAAAUAGUCACCCGUCGCACCAGAGGAGGUCAAGCCCAUGGAAAACGUUGGGCCAUUAUGUUUUCAUGCCUUACGUCUCGUGCUGUACACAUGGAAGUGAUCGAAGAUAUGACCUCAUCAUCAUUCAUCAACGCUUUAAGGAGGUUCAUUGCCAUCAGAGGACAUGUAAAGGAAUUUCGAUCCGAUCGAGGGACAAAUUUUAUCGGAUCAACAGAACACCUAGGGGUAGAUGUCAUCAACAUUGAAGAUGGACCUAUCAAGAGAUUUUUCCUCGAUCAAAGAUCAGUAUGGAUCUUCAAUCCACCACAUGCUUCGCACAUGGGCGGAGGAUGGGAACGCAUGAUAGGCCUGACACGACGCAUUCUGGAUACCAUGUUGAUGGACAAAGCAGUCAAGGCAUUAACCCAUGAAAUACUCACCACCUUUCUUGCAGAGGCUAGCGCAAUCAUCAACUCGCGACCACUGGUACCUACCUCAUCAGAUCCUGAAUACCCUCUGAUCCUUACACCCUAUACACUUCUUACCCUGAAAACAGACAAGGGAGGGGAACCUCUUGGACCUUUCAGUGAAAAAGAUGCAUACGCGGCCCAGUGGAAAAGAGCUCAACAUUUAGCUGAUAUAUUUUGGCAACGUUGGAGAAAAGAAUAUCUCGUAACCCUACAAAAUAGGAAACGAUGGCCAACAAACCAGAGAAACAUAACUGUUGGUGAUGUUGUUCUUCUGAAAGAUGACGGUGCUCAUCGUUGCGACUGGAAAAUGGCUGUAGUUGAACGUACAUUUCCUAGCCAUUCAGACAAGAAAGUACGUACCGUGGAGUUACGUGUGAUUCGAGAUGGACAAGCUGUGUAUUAUACUCGUCCUGUUACAGAACUGGUUAUUUUGUUACCCGUGUGA